GCGGACCAAGAAGAAAGUGGUGGCUCGGCGGCGAUGCAGGGCAAAGAGAGCCCCGUCGGGUCCAACACCCAGGAGACCCAUCAGUAUGUCGGUCCUUAUCGGUUGGAAAAGACCUUGGGGAAAGGCCAGACCGGACUAGUAAAGCUCGGCGUACACUGUGUGUUGGGCAAGAAAGUGGCGAUCAAAAUCAUUAAUCGCGAAAAGCUUUCCGAGUCUGUACUGAUGAAAGUGGAGCGUGAGAUCGCCAUCAUGAAACUGAUCGAUCAUCCGCACGUGCUGGGCCUCUCGGACGUGUACGAAAACAAAAAAUAUCUUUAUCUUGUUUUGGAGCACGUCUCGGGCGGAGAGCUGUUUGAUUAUCUAGUUAAGAAGGGUAGAUUGACUCCGAAGGAGGCAAGGAGAUUUUUUCGACAAAUAAUUUCCGCAUUAGAUUUUUGCCACAGCCAUAGUAUAUGUCAUAGAGAUCUGAAGCCUGAGAACUUGUUAUUGGAUGAGAAGAAUAACAUUAAAAUAGCAGAUUUCGGAAUGGCGUCCUUACAACCUGCGGGCUCCAUGCUUGAAACUAGUUGCGGGUCGCCUCAUUACGCUUGCCCCGAAGUGAUCAGAGGUGAAAAAUACGAUGGAAGAAAAGCGGACGUGUGGUCUUGCGGGGUGAUACUUUAUGCACUUCUGGUAGGCGCGUUACCCUUCGAUGACGACAAUUUAAGAAAAUUGUUGGAGAAAGUGAAACGUGGAUUAUUUUAUAUACCGCAUUUUGUGCCACCCGAGUGUCAGAAUUUGCUCAGGGGCAUGAUAGAGGUUGACCCUGAAAAAAGACUGACGUUAGCAGAAAUAAACAGGCAUAUAUGGGUGACGGCGGCGGGUAAGGGUGAACUAGAACUGGAGCUGUCGAUGAUGGACGUAGUGCAAACGCACGUUAUUCCGUCCGUGGAUGCAAUCGAUCCCGAUGUGUUGCAAGCGAUCGCGAGCCUCGGUUGCUUUAAGGAACGCGACAAGCUUAUUCAAGAGCUGCUUAGUCCAAACCACAACACGGAAAAGGUGAUAUACUUUUUGCUGCUGGAGAGGAAGCGAAGAAGACCGGCGUGUGAGGAUGAGCUCGAGGUAAUGAGGGGAGGCAUGAGAGGAUCCGCGGGACAAUUGGAGGCCGAUCCACCGAGAAAACGAGUGGACACGUGCAGGGUGAACGGUAGUACCGCGCUCAAUCUCGGACAGAUUAGCCAUGGGUCGCCUUUGACACCCAGGAGACAGUCCAGCACCAGACAUCACGCGCGUCGAUCACCGAGCACGGGAGGCUGCCAUACACACGCUUCCCACUCGCACUCGUCGACGCCGGGUAACUCACCGUUACACACGCCUGCGGGACUGUUGAGUCCACAUAGAUCGGUGCCGACGUCGCACAUAGGUCAGACAAUCGCUGGCAGUCCACACAGAUUACCUACUGGUGGAAGUACCACCGCGGGAAACGGCGGCAGUCCUACGAGUCAGAGCGUCCCGACGCCGGCGCCGGCGUUCCCCAACGUCGGUAUCGAACUCAACGAGGUGCAACCUGUAGUCGCGGUCGGUGUUACGCCGCCCGGAUCGCCUCACACGGGUGCAGGAUCUGGAGCUCAUCACUGGAGAUCGCGAUUAACCACGAUUAAAAACUCUUUUCUGGGCAGUCCCAGGUUUCAUCGUCGUAAAUUGCUCACUAGUACCGAAGAGGUACAUCUCACCCCGGAUUCUUCACCGGAACUUACGAAGAAAUCAUGGUUCGGUAGUUUGAUGACUACCGAGAAAGACGAGACCUUUACCGUCCUGGUGAAGGGAAAGCAGCUGGCCAGUGUUAAGGCCGAUCUGAUUCAUGCUUUUUUGUCGAUAGCAGAGUUAUCUCACAGUGUGAGCUCGCCGAUGUCGUUCAGAGUUGAAUACAAGAGAGGUAGUACUGCACCAGCCAUGUUCCAAAGACAAGUACGAUUUCAAGUUGACAUUAGCGCAAUCUCGAAGCAACCAAACGAGCCUCUCUUCGCCAUCACCUUUACGUUAUUAAGCGGGAACAUCCGAAGAUUUAGACGAGUAUGCGAGCACAUUCAGUCCCAGGUGUGCUCGAGAAAUGUGGGCAUAAACAUGGGAGGACAAAGUAGAGCCGCGCCGCCUAGUCCAAGGGCCUCCAGGAAAUUCACCACGGAAAUGAGCGAGAGCUCCAGCUGCGGUAGUGACACCAGCGAACGGCUCUUCCUCAGUCCUCAUCCAGCUACCAGACAGGUAGUCUGUUUCAACAAGAUCGACUCGGAUAUCGAGUCGGACACUUCCGUGUUCGAUGUAAAAUCGUCGACGCGCGAAAACGGUAGGAGAAGCUCAACGUCGACGAAUAACAAUAAUGCCUUGCCGGGCGAUGCAUCGUCAACACCGGGCAGUCCGCCAAAGGCGGUACGAAGUAACUCGGAGAGCCAGAACACACCCGAGAAGAAAUGUGUUACCACGAUGAGCGGCAACAAUAUAGCGUGAUACUAUCAGAACUUUCGUUUCGAGUUCCGAUCUAGUUUGAAACACUUGUGGGACAGCGCUCAAAAGUUCUACUGAGGCUCUUGGCGAACGUUUCGAACGCACAUUUAAGUAAAACUACAGAUAUGCGUGAUGGAACAUUGCGACAUGUAAGAUUGAAACUUAAUGUCAAUCUAAAGAAUUUGUCCAUCAGCGAGAAGAUCGAGAAGCAACUACGCAUUCUUCACACAUUACGUGUGUAACGAAAUUUGAAACAUCGAAAUUUUUCCUACGGACGCUAGGUACUCAUUUUUCACUUUUAAAAUUAGAAAUGCUUGAUUUUUCUCGAGGAGCAAAAGAAAUAUACACGUAUGAAAUUUUCUCAAGACAAUUUAAAGUGAUCAGAGAUUAAAUUACAUUAUAAAGGCAAUUGCGUCACACUCUUGUUUGCAGAACAAAUAAGGAAUCUCGAUCUUCGAAGGGGGUAUUACCUUCAAAUCGCCAUAAAGGGAGUAUUACCUCCAAAUCGCCAUAAAUCUCGCUAAAUCGGUGGUAUUUCAUGGAACAAGCCUACACGAUGCGACGCAGCGUGACUCACACGAAGAAAAUGUGCGAUUAAAAUGUGCGGAAAAUGUAAAAAGAGUAGUGAAUAUAAAGAAAUGUGUUUCGCGAGGUUCAAGUGCAAUGAUGUGACGUUAUUUCGUCACGCGUACAGUAGAUAUUAUUGCAAAACUGCCUACUGUACGUAUGCUGUGCAAUAAGAUUAUCGCGCGUUAAGCUUACAAGUGGCAUUUUUACGUCAUGCACUUUCACUCGGAAUUUAUGACGUUAAAACGCGAUAAAUUCUACUUUACAUCGUUUUGUGAAUUAUCAUUUUUCCUAGCUUUGUUCGCUCAUGGUGCAAUUUUCUAUUAAUUUGACCAUUACGUUGAUUUCUUUGUAGCAAUCUAUUUAAACAUACACAUUUCAAUAUCAAACAUCAUUUACAGAAAAUGCAAAUCUGGCACGAUUAGGCGCGAAGAAUGUACUGAAAGAGAGGGAGAGAGAAAGAGAGAGAGAGAGUGAGAAGGAACGGAGAGGAGGGGACAGAGAAAGGAAAGUCUCUCGUCCAGAUACUAUUUUGCAAAAUAUUUUACAAGAUAAGUAAUUACACACACACACAGAGAAAGAGAGAGAGAGACAGAGAGACAGACAGAUAGACAUAAAAAUACAUAAAGCUACAUAAAUGCCGAAAUCACCAUUAUGCAAAGUGUACAUGGCUUCUUUCGUUUGCUUUCUCGCAAGAAGGAAGGAGAAUACCGACGAAAGUACGCUAAAUGGUGAAGCGACUAAGAAUCACAGCGUUACUAGGUUGUCGCAAAGAGAAUAUUAUAUAGAAAAGAGAUACAUAUAUACAUAUAUACACAAGUACAUAUAUGUAUAUAUGUAUAUAUAGGUAUGUACAUAUAUAUACAUGUAUGAAAAGAAGUAAAAAGUAAGGACUGUACUUCCCUAAGCGAUAAGCAGUAAGUAGUUAUCAUAAAGAUUAUUCUCAACACAAACAUAUCGCGAGAUUGUCCCUGUCGGCUUCUUAGUGAGGAACGAUAUAAGGCGUAUCAUAAUCUGCGCGUUUAGCACUGUUUUUAAUCGACAAUUCGUUACGCAAUGAUACAUCAUAAUAAAAUUGACGAAAAGGGAGACGGCUAGAUGUAAAAUAACGCAAGGAAGACGAGCGUAGAACGCUGCAAUUAUAAAUUCAAAGAUCAAUCUCUUGGAAUUAACCGAUUUUCGAGACUGCGAUGCAAUGCGGAGAAAGGAUUAUCCUUGACCGUGGCGUCGUGUUUUUUUUAAGUUCUCACGAUUAGAAUUAGAUUACAUAAUAGAGAGUGAGAAUGAAAGAAACAGAGAAAAAGAAAGAGAGAGAGAGAGUGUGUGUGUGUGUGUGUGUGUGUGUGUGUGUGUAUGUGUGUGAGUGGGUGGGUGUGUGUAAAUGUUCCACGAAUCAAAAUUACGAUGUUAGCAUCUUCCGAGGCUAAAGAUAUCGCUUUAGAUAUUACCUACGUAUUAUAUCGCGCAUGUGGCGACUCGUUCCUAUAUAUAAUAAAAGGGGAAAAGGCAGUUUUCUUUCUCCGUUGCAUCAUCUCGGAAUAAUAAAAUUUUGUGAAAUGGUACCAAGCGGCAGUACUAUCUGAAAUGUUUCUCGAUUAAAGGUGAACAUGUUUAUAUUCCACAUUCAAGCAGCUAUAUACGUAUAGUAUAAUGGGGAAUUUAGCUGGAUGAAUCGAAAAUGCUCUGUUACGGUGAGAAUGCGAAUGUGAAAUUUUAUAAAAUCGUUAAUCUUUAAUUAUCUUCAGUUUUUAUGAUCAUACACCUCAUCCGUGAUGCAGACGAAAAAUUAAUAAUAUCUAGAAUAUUAGAUUAUUUAUUUGUGUGUGCAUGUGCAUGCGUGCGUAUGUAUUAAUGAUGCCUUGUCAAACGCGCAUUAAAUUAUAUCGAUAUAUCUUGUUUUCUAUUUCGCUUAUGUUUAGCAAGUGUGAUGAUGAUUUGAUUGUUUUAACAAUGAACCAUGCGCGUAUAUUUGAAAUGUCGUUGAAGAAAAGCAGAAUAAACUUGUACGUCAGUAGAGUUAAACGCACAAAAAUUCAAGUAAAUUAUAUACGAGUUUAUUAUGUUACUAAUCAUAUUUAUACAUUAAAGAGAAAUGGGGAAAAGCUGACAGAUAUCUGUUACAAGCUGUGAUUAAUCCGCGAUAAAAAGUUGUUAUUUUCUGUGCGCAUUACUUUACAGAAGAAAUAGUUUUUGUCGUUAUUAUUUAACACGACGUUGAAUUUUCCUUGUUUGAUAUUUUAUUACGUUAAGGAAUAUGCAAAAUUAUUUGAGAUCAACUGCUAUAUAAGAAUGAAAAUAAGAAUGAAAGAGAGACAGAGAGAGAGAGAGAGAGAGAGAGAGAGAGAAUGAGAGAGAACACAUUUCCAUGUAUGAACAAGAUGUGGGAAAGAAUGGGAUUUUCACAACGUAGGAAGUGAAUGUGCAUCUAGUAUUACAGCUAUACGCAUACACAAACACACGUACCACUACGUAUAAAUGAAAACUAGCGUAAGCCUGCAACUAUCCAUUUAUUACUUGCGGUUAAAUAUUUAAGUACUCGUACAGUGCAUAAGUAUAUUAUAAUAACAAAAUGGAGAGGUGAGCAAAAGGAAAAUGGUUCGAGAAAGAGA